AUGCCGCCUUCAUGCUUUGAUCUGAGCAGCUUGAACAUCUAUCAUCCAAUUACUGAUCCCCAAAACGAAAUGGAUUCCUCUUCAGGAAGAAAUCUGACGUCUUUUAGGGGGGAAACCUCCGAUCCUACGACCUUUAAACCGUAUGACCCGGAAACCCUAGACGAUGCGCGCUUCAUCCCGAACGCCUUGGACUUUGCCUAUCGAGCCUUCUUGGCUGACAAUGCCGUGACAUUAUCGGUACCUCCGGCAUUUUCGAAUGCACAAGCCGUGGACAGCGCCUCAUACGCCGGCCGGGGCGCUAGCUUCACCGUUUAUCGACGUCGCAUCCCGCCCCAGAAGCUCCUAACGUCGGUUACAAACAUGGAUGGCCUCUUGAUCGAAAUCAAAGACAAACGCAAGCUGCCGGAGGUAGUAGCAUACAAAGUGGCCGUCAUCGAGUUUUCGGAUAAAGGUGAAGCCACUCAAACGUCCCGGCACGCCAUAGACGCUGCAAUCAUGGAACUCUAUCUCUCGACGCACCGCCCAAUCCUGCAACACCCCAAUCUCGUAGACUUUCUUGGAUUGGCAUGGGGAGCAAACCCAUUCAACUCGUCGCAGAAACUGCCGGUUCUUAUGGUGGAGUUUGCGGAACACGGGAGCCUCUCGCAGCUGCAACAGAGGGAGUAUCUCGGCAUAGAGACUCGCCGUAAGCUCUGCCUUGAUGUCUGCAAAGGCCUGCAUAUGCUUCAUUCAUGCGGCAUAGUCCACGGCGACAUCAAGGCACCGAAUGUCUUGAUAUUCCCAGAUACAGAGCACAAGUACAGAGCCAAAGUGAAUGACUUCGGCUACUCUCAGGUGAUAAAUACUGAAAGGAGCAGCCUCUUGCUAGGAGGAACCCGGCCGUGGAAGGCCCCAGAGGCGAAAACAGCAGUCACAGUAUCAGACGCAAAGUAUACCGACAUAUACUCACUGUCACUCUUUAUCUGGUGUACAUUUGCGCAUGGUCAAAACAUCUUCAAACUCCUCGUGGACCCCUCCAAACAAGGCGAAGAAUUCUUCGCGGAAGCGGAGAAACUGAAGGUUAGCCAAGAGCUAGCUGCCCAGACAGAUAUUUCUGCAUGGUACAUGAAAGCCAUUAUGGCCACUACUUAUGGCGACACCGGCCAGUUCCUCCAGCGCUUCCAGUCUCUCCAGCAGCAAUUGCAGCAGAACAACACACAGGCCAACCACCCAGCAGUCGGCAUUGACGACAUUGAAAAGAUUCUGUGUGCAAUUCCACCCGCGCUUUUUCAAGCGAUGGAGCCACUGAAGCAACAGCUGAUCGCAACUGUUGAAAGUUUGGGCUCAUACGAAGCGAUGAAAAGAGCUGUGACAAUAGGAUUAUCGAAUGAGCCACACCAGAGGGACCUAGAACAAAUCAUGGUCGCCCUGGGCCACAGUGGUUCGUUUACUCAAGAUAGUGCGGAGCAGAAUCAAGUGUUGAAAUCGAACCUGAAUCAACAUUUCUUUACGUGGCGCCACUGGACGAAGAUGGACCCUUCCGUUCAGAGGUACCUGACAACAACAUACAUCCAAAGAGGCGAGGGGGAGGUUAAGAAAGGUAUGAUAAACCCACCGGAGGCGUUCCUUCUCACGGCUCUCUACAUCAACGGAUACGGUGUAGACAAGGACACAUCGCAAGCAUUGCGAUGGCUCUUUAACGCAUGGGGAGUGAAACAUCCACUGGCGUCAGCAUACGGAUACAGAAUCGCGCAGGCCAUCGGGCACACACCUGAUAACCUAGAAAGCGUAAUCGAAACCCUUGAACUAAUGGCGCUGCGUGGUUCAAGAACUGCCCUCCAAGAUUUAGCCAUGCUCUCCAAGAGUACCUACGAGAAGACGAAGAAAACAAUCCGUGACGUCCUCGCAGGCACGGGCGCCAAUUUCUUCUUCAAGACAGAAAUGCUCCAUGGAUUCGCUCACAAUAUGUGGAUCAGAACCUUUGAAAACAUACCGAUUUUGCUUGAGAACUUUUCUCAGCUCGAUUCCAUCGCCGACUACACAGCCAACAAGAGAGGUGACCGGAUUCUUCAUGUGGCUGCAAGUUGCGGUCAAACGGAAGCCAUCGGAGCUCUACUGAAUCACUUUCCGUCGCUGGAAGUUAAUCAGCUCAACGGUCAAGGCGAGACGCCGCUUCUUUGUGCUUGCCGCGCUGGGCAGUAUGAUACGGUACUGUGGCUCGCUUCCAAUGGAGCAACAGCGUCGGUGGCACGGAAUGGAGAGUCUCCGCUUCACUGGCUGAUAUCCUUUAAUGAUGAGGAGAUCGAAAGCGUUGGCCCAGCACUGAUCCAAGCCGGUGCGGAUGUGAAUGCCAAGACGAGCACAUUCAUCGCUUACCAAGCGGGGUUCCCGGCAUCGCUAGAUAUUGAUCGGCUCCCGGAGGGUCAUCCAAUCGGAUGGGCGACUCAGUGUGACCGUCCCAAAAUUGUCAAGUUCUUGCUAUCCCACACAGCCGAUCCGAGGAUGUGCAAUACAUCGUGGCCUCAAGCAAGAAGUGCAUUGGAGAUUGCAGCAUCGCAGCUUCGUUCAGAAUGUCUGGAGUUGAUGAUCCAUGCCAUCGAGCAAUUCAACCUCGAACAAGGGGCAGAGAAACGGGGCGGCUUCUUUGUGACAGGUCUCCUUCAGCAGGCCGUUUACGGCAGCAGCCUAUUUGAUAUGAUCCUAUACCAUGGGCCGAGAUACCAACAGGCGAUGGAAUCAACUUUCCAGUGCCUGUUGCCAAGGACCAGCAGACUUGUCUCCCCUCAAGGCUACGGCGGCUUCAACCAAACCCUUCUAUAUUUGGCUAUCUCGCUAGCCCGAGAUGAAUUGGUUGAAUAUCUCCUCAAGCACGGCGCCGACGUCAUCAAAACUGGGGAAAACUACGAUGAAGAAGUGCUUCAAUCCCAAGACGUCGGUGCGUUCAAAACCGCUGAUAUUAACCGCGCAUGUGGCGUUGACCUGCGAACGCCGCUGCUAGAGGCCGUUCGAUGGAAUCGCCCCACAAUGGUCAAUCUCCUCCUUGAACAUGGAGCCCAUGCCACGGGAGCUUCCAAGAAUCCUUUCAGUGGACAAGACUCAACAUGGACCGCUCUCCAUGUCCUUGCGUAUGCAGGACAAAACGAUACGCGACUAGUCCAACCCCUUCUUGACCAUGGCGCGCCCCUCGACGGCUUCCCGGACGAACCAGGCAGAACCGAAUCCCCACUGCUCGUCGCGGUGCAGAACGACCAGUUCCAACUCGCUGAAUGCUUUGUAUCGCAUGGUGCCGAUAUCAACUUCACCAGCAUGAGCAGCGGCCAUCUGAGCUUCACAAACCCCACGACUAUCUUGGGCCAUGUCAUCGCCUCCAACGCGCGAAAUUCAAUUGCACGUCUCCGCUACCUCCUUGACAGUGGGGACUGCUUAGACUUCAUCGUCGAGCGAACCCGGCAGUGGACGGCGCUCCACCGCGCCGCAGCCGCUCACAUCGAUGCCGAGUUCCGCGGGACGGAUGCAACCGAGGCGGCUGAGCUGGACUGGACUGACAUCGACUGGAGUGCAAACCGCGAGAUCGUGAAUGAGCUACUGUUGCGGUUUAGUGAUCCGGCACAGCUUGAUGCUGUCGAGAAAAGCAUGGGGCUAACGGCGAUGCACCUGGCAGUUCUCGCGGGUAAUGAUGCCGCAGUGAAAUUGCUUCUUGACAAGGGUGCCCGCGGAGACAUGCCGAGUGCAGGCGGCCAGGGACCGACAGCCGCUGACAUGGCACUUGGAAUACAGAUGGAGAGGUUGUCUGUGAGUGAAGAAGGUGCUCGGCCUGGCGAAGAGGAGGUAGCGGCUCGUAAGAGGUGUAGUGAUCUUCUAAAUCCGCUAGCCCAGCCUUUAGCAUGA